AUGCGAACAUUUCAAUUUCAGAGACAGGUAUCAAAAACGUUUACUGACUCAGAGAAACGAAGCAAAAAUGUAGAAAUUGACAGAAAACAGAAAUCUAAAUCUGAAGGUUGUCCUGUUCUGUAUGAAGAGAAAUGGUAUGCGAUCAGUAGUUUGCCACGGCUUUGUUACCACCAUCACCUAGUCAGUAACAUUGCAGAAAAGAUCAGAGCCCUUAGAUCAACCGAGGAAACCCGUGCACUCUUAGGUGUCAAAAGAGUUCGAAUUUACCUAGCCGGAGAAAUUACAACAGAAGCAGAGAUUUUAAUUACUUCUUCAAAAGGUUCUGUUUUAUAUCUUUUUUGCAGGAUUGUCUCCGAUGUUGCAUACGUACCAUCAAAAGAUUGAUUGUUUAACUCCCUUUUGAG